GUCUUAUUCCCGACUCUUAGGCUAAUGGCGCAAGCAAGCAACAGAGUACCGGACCUUUAGACCUCGAGACUCAAAGUCUCAACAAGGACUUAUAGGUAGUUGCGGAAUACCUAUGCAUCACCCGGGUGCCGUGGAGGCUCGUCUAUUUUAAAUACCUACCUACAGAGAGAGCAAUUGCAUGAGGUGAUGGCCCACGCCCCUUGUAUGACCGCCGCCUUCUGGCGACGAUGAUGUCACUCUCCGCUAGUUACACACAUGACGUCGGCAUUCAGAUAUCGACAAGGACAGUUUAAAUACAGAUUUCCCUCCAUCCGUGAUCCCCAGACUCUCGCCACCUUGUUUCCUUUCUGUUAGGGAAUCUUAAAUACUACCUAUCUAAGAGACCAGCCUAUCGAACCUCAGAUCACUGUAACUUGGUCGAUACGAGUGUUGCACGUCGCCGCUAAACUUGAUAGUUGUUCGUCGAAGCCAUCUUCGACCGCAUUCCUCUCGAGUAUCCCGAACACACCAUAGUGAGCGUCAACCCGACGAGACGAGCCUAAAUAAAACGAGCAUGUCCUCCCACGAAGGCACCACCACUUCCACCGCCAAUGCCGCGACCGCCAACCCCGGCCCUGCGAACCCGAACACCAUCAGCCGCGUCACCACCUCUGGUGUUGUAGCGACGACAACAGACCCUACUGCCGCGCCGACUGCCAGCACGGCCGAGAAACUGCGGGGCGAUGCUGUCGGAGCUGCCCGCGGCGUCGCAGGCAGUUUACAGGCGGUGGUGGGCGAGACGAUACGCAACCACGAUCUGGCGGCGAAGGGCUUCGCGAAAAUGCGCGAGGAGGACGAACGGCUUGGCGUCGAGAGGGGAGUGUUGCCCGUCGGCGCGGAGCGCAGAAGGGAGGUCGGCGCCGGGGAGGCUACGGGAGCCGGAUCGGGAGCCAGCGCGAGGAAACACGAUGAAUAGACGGAAAGAGUGCGAUAUGAAGGAGGAUCGGAGUAGGUAUAAGGUGGAGUAGGGGCGCAGGAUUGGGUUUGCUUGAAACUAGCUCAACAAGCCACCUACAUGCUUAGGUCUUAACUUGAUGGGCGGGCCCAGCGAUGCAAAUUCAACGCGGAC